CUUUCCUUUUUUAUUAUUUCAAAAACACAGCUACUAUUCCUUUCAAAUAAUCAAUUUGUAGGCUGUAGCUCUUAUUCAUGCAAACCUCAACCAUACAAAAUCUUAUUAUUAUUCUUCUCGAUCAAACUUGAAGAAGUUACUAAAAUGAGGUUAAGAAACCGGCUGUAAUGUAGCACUUUCUGGGCAUGACCUUAAUUGAAUUUUGAUUUCAAAUCCGAAUACAUAUGGGACUUUCUUUUGCAGACAUUUAUGGCAUCUGAAUUUGACCUUGGAGGAGAAGGGGACCUCUUUAAGGCUCCUAAACGAAUUCUUGAAGGACCAUUUAUAGAUCAAGGUCCAGUGACAGCUUCCUUUCCAGUGAAUCCUUGUUAUGAAGAUGUCAUGUCCCUCCAAAUGCUAAAUGUUUCAGAAAUGGAAUCAUCAUUUGAGAAGGAACAACUCCUCAGUGAUGCUUUCUAUGGAUGCAAGAUCGAUCUUUUGUCGAACGGAGUAGAAAGUUCAGCGCCUGGUGUUGUCCUGGACGCCAAGAUUCCCAUUGCCCAGAAUGAUGGAGAAAUGGUAGAAGAGAAUUUUUUUUCUUCUCAGGGAUCUUUUCGUAAAAGUGAUAGCUUUGAGUCACUGAGUUCUAUGGAAAUGAUGCAAGGGGCACCAAAGGGGCAUGAUUUUCUUGAUUUUUAUGGCAUGGGCUUUGGUGCUGCCUAUGGGAUUAGAAGAACAUUCAGUGAAGGGGACAUAAAGAGUCUUGGACAUGAUAGUGUAAGCCUAAUGCAUGCUCAACAUGGUCAGCCCCAACUCUUUGGUGGUUCCACUACUGAGGGUCGAAUGGAGAAGCUUCUGAGAUACAAGAUUAAGAGGACCAAGAGGAAUUUUGUGAGGAAGAUAAAUUAUGCAUGCAGGAAGACAUUAGCGGACAACCAACCAAGGAUCCGUGGAAGAUUUGCGAAACAGAACAUGAUGCAUCCGGGAAGCAUUUAGCUGUUAAUGCACACUGUAAGAAGAACAAAGAGUAAAGAAAGGAAAAUGCCCAAGUCUUAAGUUCCACUCUAGUUAAUCAGCAAAUGAAGAAAGUAGCUAAAAAAUAUCCAUUGAUUGUAUUUUUAUAGUUGGUUAACUGCAUACGGAAGCAAUAGUGUAUAUAGUCUGUAAAUAUGAUAAAUAAGCUUCAAGUUUGUUAUGUCCUUAGUCUUGGAAUUAUCAAGUGUGGCAUGGAUCAGUUCACCAACUAGUAUAUGAUAAUUAAAGAAUUAGGUGUACUGUCAUAUAUUAAGAUAAAAGAUAUUGUACAUUGUGAUUUCAUAUUAGACAGGAAAUAAAACUACCCAGUUAUGGUUCAUUUUCUAUUCUGGUAGAAUUCGGGAUGUGGUUGGAUUACUCAGUUGCGAUACAAGACACUUGGAUUAAACCACACUAAAAGAUUGAACCUAAUGUAUUAGGUAUUUUUUUAUCUAUUAGCUAGUUCAAGUCAAUGCAUUGUUAGCUCAUUAUUUUCUCUUUGCAAGUCUGAUGUGACUUUAUCACUCCCUUCAAGUCAUUCAACAUUCAUAAAAUAUAAAAAACAUGGAUCAAAAUAAAAUGUCUCCAAGUUACUUCUCUAAUGAGGUCGACAACCUGUUUCCGUACGAAAGGACCCUACACUCUUUGCUAUAAUGUGUACUCUUCCCUCUUUUCCCACCCCUAUUCUUAACAAAAUAUCAGCAUUCAGAUAUAGAACAGUUUGAAAUAACUCCAGAAAUGUGGAGGUCCAUAUUGGGGAGAGAUGAUAAUGAACAACAACAAGAAGAUGGUUUUUUGGAAGAUGAAGAAGGCUUUUGCUCCCUCUCACAUGUCCAAAGGAUGUAUGUGUUCUUUGCUUGUAUGGCCACUGGUCUCGUCUGUAUGUUCUUGUCAUGUGUUGCUUUUGCCAAACCUAUCAAAUUUGCUCUUUUGUUUUCUUUGGGCAACAUGCUUGCUGUUGGAAGCACAACCUUUCUGAUUGGACCUUGCAAGCAAAUAAGAAUGAUGUUUGAUCCAAUUCGUGUGUUUGCCACAGUACUGUAUUUUAUCUGUGUUGUCUUGACCCUUGUUUGUGCGUUACUGAUUCACAGCGUAAUUUUAUCCAUACUUGCUAUCAUAUGUGAGGUUCUUGCCCUUCUAUGGUAUGGUCUGAGUUACAUUCCUUUUGCUCGUAAAGUGGUUACAAAUAUGACAACACAUCUUUUCAAGAGAGAACCGAAGUAAUUUAAAUUUACAAUGAAGAAUUGGGUUUUGAUCUAUGAUAUGUCUGCCUCCGAUCUCAGAUAUUUUGUUCACGAUGUUCUAUUUGUAUACAAUUUUGUCUGAAGUGUUGACAUAAAUAUCCAAAGAGUGGAUGACAAAGUUAUGAUUAUUUUUUGUGUAUUAAGUAAAACUUAAUGUUAUUGAAAUUAAUUUAUUAGGAUGUGUUUAUUAGAUUGAUUUCAAUUUCAAAUAUCAAACAUACUACACUUCGUG